AUGAAGGAAACCAUGAUCAUGAACUCCCUAAACAUUUAUUCCUCUUCCUCUAAAACUGAUGAGAUCAUGUCAAGGUAUAGACCCAUUGCUCCCAAGCCUCAGAUUCCCAUGCAUCCCAUACUAGAGAGCCCAACGGCACCCAAAAACUUCUCAUCCCAUCUACGAGCUAGGCCUACCGUGUCCAGAAAGAGGAGCAGAACCGGAAUCUCACCUGCAACCAACAAGAGAACAAGGGCGCAUCUCCGAGGGUUCUCUUCUCUUUAUCAUACUGCAUCCCUCGCCAAGAACACCCUACUCGGUCUAUCCUUGCAGGGUUUUGCUCAUGGGUUUCUCCGGUUUCCCAUUCCUACUCCAGGUUUCGGCCCAAGUCCUAGUAUGGAGGAGCCAACCGCAAAGCCUUCCAAUCCAGUCACCCUUCCUCUUCUCCCAUGUCCCUCUCCAGUUCCUGUUGCAGCCCAAUCGGUACCAGAAAUGGAUAGCACAAACCCCUACUGCUCUCAGAAUGAAGAAAAGCUUUUGGACUUGAACUCCAGGAUUGAAAUACCGGAGGAAAAGGACCUGUUGCAAAAGCUGCAGGAACCCCCUAAUGAUCUGCUGCGGAGGAUGCAGGAACCACCCAGCUGCCGAAGCGUUAUAACACCUCAGCCUGUGAGACCCAUAGGGUCGAGCAUCAGCGUUGUGUUCAUUAGUGAGAAUCCCACCCCAACUUUCAACAUGCACACCUCCAAGAGACCAGAGGAGGUCGAGGAAGAAGUGGAGUCCGAAGCCUUACCAGCUGUUGUCUCCGAUUCUAACCACAAGGUUAGACUGGCAAAUUCUGCGUACAAGGAGAUGGUGGGGCAGCCAGAGUGCCCGUGGCUUGAUGCAACCUAUGAUGGACGAUUAAGGGGCAGUGCAUGCAAGAGGAUCAGCGGGGAGGUGAUGUUGGACAUUCCAGGUUUAAAAGUACCGGUUUCUUCAAAUGGGUUCUCCUGCAGGGUGACGAUAGAGUGGGGAAGCAACGGGAAAAAGUGUUCAAUCAAUGCUCCUUGUGAUGUAAUCAGACUGUCCUGCGAGUCCAAGGACUAUUUGUUCACAUGGAAGUUCCAUACCAGUGAGGCUUCAAAGUCCAGUUUUAACGCUUAA